CACAAUGAGCCAACCGCUGCCUGUCUCUCUACUGUAUGGCCUUCCCGCCGCGGCGUUCCCCGUCGCCGCCUCCAACUCCGACUGCCAGCGGCCGCAGAUGCAGAACCCCAGCGCCACCAUCCUCCAGCUCUACCACUCGGGCCGGCUCUCCGCCGCGCUCCGCGCCUUCGAGUCGCUCCCCGCCUCCGCCGCCCCGGCGCCCCUCUCCGCCGCCGCCUACGCCGCGCUCGUCGGGGCCUGCUCCCGCCUCCGCUCCCUCCCGCACGGCCGCCUCGUCCACCGCCACCUCCUCGCCUCCUCCCGCGCCGGCGCCGGGCUUCUCCUCGCCCGCAACACCGUCCUCAGCAACCACCUCAUCACCAUGUACGGCCGCUGUGCCGCCCCGGACUCCGCCCGCGCGGUGUUCGACGGGAUGCCCGACAGGAACCCCGUCUCCUGGGCCGCCGUCAUCGCCGCGCACGCGCAGAACGGCCACUGCGCCGACGCGGUCGGCCUCUUCUCCUCCAUGCUGAGGGCGGGGACCGCGCCCGACCAGUUUGCGCUCGGCAGUGCGGCGCGCGCCUGCGCGGAGCUUGGGGACGUGGGGCUCGGGAGGCAGGUGCAUGCGCAGGCUAUAAAAUCGGAGGAUGGGAGUGACUUGAUUGUGCAGAACGCGCUCGUCACCAUGUACUCCAAGAGUGGCUCGGUUGGGGAUGGGCUCACACUUUUUGAGAGGAUUAGGGACAAAGACUUGAUCUCGUGGGGUUCAAUUAUCGCCGGGCUUGCACAGCAAGAGUGUGAAAUGGGGGCAUUACGGAUUUUCAGGGAGAUGAUUGCUGAGGGCAUGCAUCACCCCAAUGAGUUCCAUUUUGGAAGCGUCUUUAGGGCCUGCGGAGUUGUUGAUAGUUUGGAGUAUGGGGAGCAGAUUCACGGUUUGUCUGUCAAGUAUAGGUUGGACCGCAACUUGUAUGCAGGUUGCUCAUUAAGUGACAUGUAUGCCAGGUGCAAUAAGCUUGAUUCAGCCAGGAAAGUGUUUUACAGGAUCGAGGCACCUGAUUUGGUUUCUUGGAAUUCGUUAAUAAAUGCUUACUCUGCUGAGGGUCUCCUUAGUGAGGCUAUGGUCCUGUUCAAUGAGAUGAGAGAUUCUGGUCUGAGGCCUGAUGGCAUCACUAUUAGGGGUUUGUUGUGUGCGUGUGUCGGCCAUGAUGCUUUGAGUCAAGGUAGAGCCAUCCACUCCUACUUGGUCAAAUUAGGUUUGGACAGGGAUGUUACUGUAUGCAAUUCUUUACUCAGCAUGUAUGCUAGGUGUUUGGAUUUCCCCUCUGCAAUGGAUGUCUUUCAUGAGACAAAUGAUCCUGACGUUGUCACCUGGAACAGCAUUCUUACUGCUUGUGUACAGAACCAGCAUUUGGAAGAUGUUUUUAGGUUAUUCAGCCUCUUGCACAGAUCAGUGUCAAGUCUGGAUAGGAUCAGCUUAAACAAUGUUCUGAGUGCUUCUGCUGAGUUGGGUUACCUUGAAAUGGUGAAACAGAUCCAUGCAUAUGCCUUCAAGGUUGGACUGGUGUGUGAUACAAUGCUGAGUAAUGGGCUCAUUGACACUUAUGCUAAAUGUGGAAGUUUAGAUGAUGCGAACAAGCUCUUCGAAAUAAUGGGUAUUGGUCGUGAUGUAUUCUCUUGGAGCAGCUUGAUUGUUGGCUAUGCCCAGUUUGGUUAUGCCAAGGAAGCACUUGAUUUAUUUGCCAGGAUGAGAAACCUAGGAAUCAAGCCAAAUCAUGUAACCUUUGUUGGUGUUCUCACUGCAUGCAGCCGUGUAGGACUUGUUGAUGAAGGUUGUUAUUACUACAGUAUUAUGGAGCCUGAAUAUGGCAUUGUCCCAACAAGAGAGCAUUGUUCAUGUGUCAUUGAUUUGCUGGCACGUGCUGGGAGACUAAGUGAGGCAGCAAAGUUUGUUGAUCAAAUGCCAUUUGAGCCUGAUAUUAUAAUGUGGAAGACUCUGCUAGCUGCUAGCAAAACACAUAAUGAUGUGGAGAUGGGGAAGAGAGCAGCAGAGGGUAUUUUAAAUAUUGAUCCUUCUCAUUCAGCAGCCUAUGUCCUGUUGUGCAACAUAUAUGCUUCUUCUGGCAAUUGGGACGAGUUUGCAAGAUUGAAGAAGGCUAUGAGAAGCACCGGUGUCCAUAAAUCACCUGGGAAGAGUUGGAUUAAACUCAAGGGCGAGCUAAAAGUCUUUAUUGUAGAGGACAGAUCACACCCAGAGGCUGAUGAAAUAUACACAAUGCUGGAGCUAGUUGGAAUAGAAAUGGUAAAGGCAGGUUAUAUUCCAGAGCUUUCACAUCACUCGUGUAAAUAUGCUAGUUUUGACCAUCCCGAUUUGUUGAAUGAAGAAAUAUUAGCUGAAUACGGUUGAGUUGGUUCACAACAGUCAUUGCUGAUUCCAGUGGUUUUUUUUACCAUGUCACAAGUUCUUGUCAAAUGCCCAUGGAAAUCAAUAGAGGUUUACCAGAAUUGCAGUGCCAAACCUGGAGAAGGUACACAGAGCUUACUGGUGUUCUGUAUUUUGAUAACUCAGUAACGGGAGGUUGUGAUUUCCUUUUCCCUGGAUGAAUGGAAAUAAAAGGAUACAAUUUGGCCAACACAAGUGGUGGCAAUGGCGAGGCCAGAAAGGAUGGACCCGAGCAGAUUUAGCUUGAGAUCGGUAACUGAAGCAAUGCCUACUCCAAGAAGUAAGACCAGAAGAGAAAGCUUGAUACUCUCACUGCACAUCAUUGAAUUGAUAUUAGCUUAGUGGAAAUAACAGUUAAUACCACAAAGAUGAUUUUUGCCCCAAGAAACUAAACAAGUAUUUUAUUAUCAUUUGGUCCAAGAGUUUAUGCGAAAAUAUCUAAAACCUAAUUGUUCUCCUCAAUCAAAAGUAAAUGAUGAAUUCAGAAGAUUUCAGCCCUGUCAAUUUAUCUCCUUUACUUUCACCGUAAAUGAGGUCUGAUAUUAUAAGACAAGCUCAGUUAUAUCUGAAACCUGAAUCUUUUCUUCAGGAAGAUUGUCUCCAAUAGCACAGUGAAAGGUAUGAUGGCCAAUUUUGUCAUCUGCAGAACAUACCAAGUUUAAUGUAUUUGAUCAUGUUAUAUAGAGAAAGAUACCCAGAUGGAGCUUACUUGAUAGAAUCCAAUGGAGUUGAAUCCUAAACUAAGGUUGAGAAGGCCAAUUGAGGUGCCAUUCAGCAACCCAAAGAGUAUCACCGUCUGUCCAUCAAUUGCCUUGGGCUCAAAGAAAUGUAAGCGCUGUGCCACAUGGAGGGUGCAGAAGGUCACCAUCAGAUGCCAGCUUGUUAAUGUUGUAGCUGGAUAGGUUCAGCAACAAGGCAAGUCAGCACCACGCUCUGAUGACAAUGGCAACUGAAGAUGCAACAGAGAGUGCAAGUGACCCGAUCACACCGAGCUGGAAACCUGCUGACAUCUUGACCACCUGGUGUUUCUCUGCUUGUCCAAAUCCAAAUUAUUUGUUAAAAAGAAUUAGUCCAAGGCUGCUACUGGGACCCAGAACACAACAAACGGAAGGUGGUUAAAGUCAUUUUCAAAUGAUCAAGCUGACCAGAAGAGAAGAAACUAAACACAUGCAAGGCCUUAUAAUUGUUAUCCAAUCCACUGCACGCUUCAUGUGUUUGGUGAAUAGUUAUUAAAAUACUAUAUUAUUAUGUUGCUUAAGGAGUUGUUUUGCAUGGUUGGUGAGCUCCAAGUUGUUGAAAAGGAAAUAUGCUUAAAUUAACCUUUCAAUAUCAAUGAUAAGUUCACUUUUAUACAAAAUAGAUGGAAAGUUCUAUCU